AUGGAUGCCGUGAACUUUGUUGUGUCAUCUCUGGCUCAAGCCAUGGACUCAGGAGAUCCGGCCUUAGGUCAGCCCAACUCAAUCUCAGCUGGUGUUCUUAGGGGCGUUCCACAGGGCUCAGUUUUGGGUCCUGUCCUCUUUUUGCUCUUCAUCAACGACCUCCCGAGGAUUGUGUCUGGUGUCAAUGCCAGGAUUUGCUUGUUUGCGGAUGACAACAUUUCACUCACGGUAAGGAGCUCCGAAUCUCAGUUAAGGUCUUCGGACCUCGACAUCGGAGAAGGUUUAGUGAGAUUGUGCAUUGGUUUGAACAAAAUGAGCCUCAAACUGAAUGGCUCCAAAACAAAUCUCAUGGAAUUUUCCAUAGAGUGGUUCG